GACUCCAGCUGCAUACUCACUUCCUUGUUAAAGCUACAGAGCUUGCAUUUCGUUUGAAGGCCUCGACACUUUUCCGGAGUAAUGUCUAAGAAAGUGGCAGUGAUCCUCUCAGGUUGUGGCGUGUAUGAUGGAAGCGAAAUUCACGAAUCAUCUGCCGUUUAUGUCCAUUUAAGCAGAGCAGGUGCUCAGACAGUAUUUUUUGCACCUAACAUAAAUCAGAUGCAUGUGGUCGAUCAUAUCAAGGGACAACCAACAGAAGAAAAACGCAAUGUUCUUACUGAAAGCGCAAGAAUUGCAAGAGGAAACAUUAAGGAUCUGAAAGAUUUGAAAGUUAGUGAAUAUGAUGCGCUUAUAAUACCAGGAGGAUUUGGAGUUGCUAAAAAUCUAUCAACCUGGGCUGUGGAGGGAAAGGACUGUUCGGUUUUAAAAGCUAUUGAAGAUGUGUUCAAGGCAUUUCACAAUGCCAAGAAACCAAUUGGUCUGUGCUGUAUAUCCCCAGUGCUGGCAGCUAAACUCCUUCCUGGAUGUGAAGUCACCGUUGGCCAUGAUACUGAAAGUGAAAAAUGGCCAAAUGCUGCCACAGCUGAUGACAUUAAGAAACUUGGUUGUAAACAUGUCAACAAGCACGCCAAUGAGGCUCAUGUGGACGAGAACAACAAAUUAGUUACCGCCAGCGCUUUCAUGUGCAACUGCCCAAUUCAUGAAAUCUACGAUGGCAUUGGAGAAAUGGUUAAAGCUGUUCUCAAACUAAUUUAAAUCAGUAUUAAAAAAACUUGAAAGUAUUGCUACAUUUUUGAGAUGUUAUUUGAAUAAUUUGUUAAUAAACAAUUAAAACAUGUUAUUUAUCUGGCA